UUGAAAAUCUAUCGUCUAAAUUAUUAGGUAACUAAAACCCAAAUUACCUGCUAGUUUGCUACCUGUCAUUCGAUCAUAAUGUCAUUGUCACUUGUCGGAAGUUGGAAAGCUCGAAGACUUCAGAAAAUAAACCGAACCAUAAAAAAUCUAUUAAAAAGGUGGCAAAUAACCAACCAACUGAAACAUAUGCUUCCAAUAAUAAUAAAUGAACUCGUUUAAAUUGAUAAAAAUCACAAAAUACUAGUGCUAAAACUGUAAACUAUAGUUGCUACGUAUAAAAAUGACGGAUAUGAACGAAAAGAGGUUAGAAGAGCGAACAACCAGGGCCGAAAAAGAAGCCCGGGCUAUCGAAGAAGAGCUAGAGAAAUUAAGUAAAGGUGAUCUUAGCUAUGUCGGGAAUCCAGAAUUGGAUAAGCUGCUGACCGAAAACGAAAAGCUCAAACAUCGUCUCGCUAUUCUUGAAAAUGCCAUAAAAGUAGAGACCGAAUCUUCAGCGGCGAUCAAGAAAGAAGCUAAAAAACGCACAUUACCAAUGCUUGUAACAGAUACUAAGUCUGUUGAAAGUAAUUUUUGCAUAUUAGAAGAACUGAAAAAUCUUUUUGAAGUUGCCAUUACCAAUGCCUAUCCAGAUUUAGAGAAUCCACCCAUCGCACUGACGUUGUCAGGUAACAAUCCUAAAUUUGGAGAUUAUCAAUGUAAUUCUGCCAUGGCCAUAGCUCAGUUAUUGAAGGCUAACAAUGUAAAGACAAAUCCCCGAGAAGUAGCUAAUAACAUACUAAACAAAACUCCAACAUCACCAAUAGUGCAAAGAAUUGAAGUAGCUGGAGCAGGUUUCUUAAAUAUUCACUUGAAUAAAGAAUUUGUUGAACAUGUUUUAAGUAGUAUUUUAAAAUCAGGCAUCCAACCACCUGCAGUAAAGAAAGAAAAAGUUAUUGUAGACUUUUCAUCACCAAAUAUUGCAAAAGAAAUGCAUGUUGGCCAUUUAAGGUCUACCAUCAUCGGUGACAGUAUUUGUAGAGUGUUGGAAUUUUUAAAUAAUGAUGUGGUUAGGUUGAACCAUUUGGGUGACUGGGGCACUCAGUUUGGAAUGUUGAUUGCUCAUUUACAAGAUAAGUAUCCAGAUUUUAAAACAAAAUCACCCCCAAUAUCUGAUUUACAAGCAUUUUAUAAAGAGUCAAAGAAGAGAUUUGAUGAAGAUGAAGAAUUUAAAAAGCGAGCCUAUUCAUGUGUAGUACAGCUGCAGUCUCAUCAACCAGAUUACAUUGCAGCAUGGAAAUUGAUCUGUGAAGUAUCUCGCCAAGAAUUUCAGAAGAUCUAUGAUCGGCUUGAUAUCAAAAUCAUAGACAGAGGUGAAUCAUUUUAUCAAGACCGAAUGGAUGCUGUUGUACAGUUCUUAAAAGGAAAGGGCUUCUUAGAGGAAGAUGAAGGAAGACUUAUUAUGUGGGGUAGUGAAAAACGUGAAGGUAUACCGUUGACAGUUGUAAAAUCUGAUGGAGGUUACACAUAUGAUACAUCUGAUAUGGCUGCUAUAAAGCACAGGGUUGAUGAGGAGAAAGCUAACCGUUUCAUUUAUGUUACUGAUGUAGGCCAAUACACUCAUUUUAUGACCAUAGAUGCCUGUGCAAGACGAGCUGGUAUUCUCAAAGAUGACCAGAGAGUUGAGCAUGUUGGAUUUGGUGUUGUUUUGGGAGAAGAUAAGAAAAAAUUUAAAACUAGGUCUGGUGAUACCAUAAAACUCAUAGAGUUAUUGGAUGAAGGCCUGAAAAGGUCUUUAGACAAGCUAGUUGAAAAGGGGCGUGAUAAAGUGCUUAGUUCUGAGGAACUCAAGAGAGCUCAGGAAGCUGUGGCUUAUGGCUGUAUCAAGUAUGCAGAUCUAUCGCACAACCGAAUUAAUGAUUAUAUAUUUUCAUUUGACAAAAUGCUCGACGACAAGGGCAAUACUGCUGUCUAUUUAUUGUAUGCAUUAACUCGCAUUAGAUCGAUUGCAAGGAAUGCUCAGAUAUCAUUAGAUUCAUUAUUGGCAGAAGUCGAUAGGAUUGGAUUAAAACUCACACAUGAAUCAGAGUGGAAGCUUGGAAAAACCCUGCUUAGGUUCCCUGAAGUCAUAUUGAAAGUAUCUGGUGAUUUGUACUUACAUAGUUUAUGUGAAUAUUUGUAUGAAAUAUCCUCUGCUUUCACAGAAUUUUAUGAUAAGUGCUUCUGUAUUGAAAAGGAUAAGGAAGGAAAGAUUGUCAAGAUAAUUUAUGAAAGAUUAAUGCUAUGCGAAAUCACAGCAAGAGUAAUGGAAAAAUCACUAGAAAUUUUAGGAAUCAAAACUGUAUCAAAAAUGUAGUGUUUGUUAAAUUUUAAUAGUUGUGUUUUAAAUUUACUAUUUAAAUACCAAGUCAUUAUUAAUUUGUUGUAAUUAUUAAUCAACAUUGAUUGUAAUCAACAAUAAAACAGCAAUUUGUUU